UCCACCCAGCUGUUGCCAGUUUAUGGUUCAUUCCAGGCACACCCCAUCUAAAAAUGAGGAUGGUUUGAUCCAUCAUCAGAGAACUUUAGCAGUUAUACCCAUAUAGGACCGCACCAGGGAAGAAGGAGGCUUGAUACAUAAUUAUUAUUCCGUUGUCCCGGACUGAAGAAGGCUGACUCCUUAUUCCGCGACUCUCAGGGCGCGCACGGCAGGUCGGCAGGCCGGGUCAAUGGAGCGAUGCGCCUGCGUGGAGAGGGAACUGGACAAAGUGCUGCAGAAGUUCCUGUGCUAUGGCCAGCAUUGCGAGCGAGGUCUGGAGGAGCUGUUGCGCUACGUCAGCCAACUGAGGGAGGAGCUGGGAAUUGCAGCCUUGCAACAAACACCACUGUCUGCUACUCUCUCACUGGUUAUGUCCCAGUGCUGCAAGAAGAUCAAGGACACUGUGCAGAACCUAGCGUCAGACCACAAAGACAUUCACAGCAGCAUCUCCCGUGUGGGCAAAGCAAUUGAUAGGCAUUUUGAUGCUGACUUGUGUGGCAUUGUUCCUGCUAUGGUCUGGGAGUCUCAAGAGAAGCAGAUCCUGGUGUUGGCCAUUAUAGAGCACCUCUACCAACAAGGAAUGCUGGGAGUGGCUGAGGAACUAUGUCAGGAAUCUACUGUGAAUGUGAAUGUAGACUUCAAAAAGCCAUUCCUGGAACUUAACAGCAUAUUGGAAGCUCUGCACAAACAGGACCUGGAGCCUGCUCUGAGUUGGGCAAUCUUCCACAGACAGCAGCUGGCAGAACUGAACAGCAAUCUGGAGUUCCGACUGCAUCGACUCCACUUCAUUAGGCUCCUUGCUGGUGGCCCAGGAAAGGAGCUGGAAGCCCUGAGCUACGCACGCUAUUUCCAGCCCUUUGCUCAUCUGCAUCAGCAAGAGAUUCAGGUGAUGAUGGGCAGCCUGGUGUACCUGCGCCUGGGCCUUAAGAACUCCCCAUACAGGCACUUGCUGGAUGAGAGUCACUGGACUGAAAUUUGUGAGAUUUUCACUCAUGAUGCCUGUGCCCUGUUAGGACUUUCAGUGGAGUCACCUCUGAGUGUCAGCUUUGCCGCAGGGUGCGUAGCACUGCCGGUGCUGAUGAACAUCAAGGCUGUGAUUGAACAGAGACAGUGCACAGGUGUCUGGAGCCACAAAGACGAGCUGCCUAUUGAAAUUGAGCUAGGGAUGAAAUGCUGGUACCACUCAGUCUUUGCAUGCCCCAUCUUGCGCCAGCAGACGACAGAUUCUAACCCACCCGUCAAGCUCAUCUGCGGACAUGUUAUUUCUCGAGAUGCCCUCAAUAAGCUCAUCAAUGGAGGGAAGCUAAAGUGUCCAUAUUGCCCCAUGGAGCAGAGUCCAGCUGAUGGAAAACGCCUAGUCUUUUGAUAAUGGCAAGCCUUUGAGAUGUUCUGAAGAAAAUGGGCUGUCGGGACGCUUGAUGGAAAGUGACAUAUACUAGCAGGAGUACAAUGUCCUGUUGUGAACAGUAUUAGCCGCUAUAGUUAUGGAAACUGACUAUAGCUCACUGGGCCAGAGGAGGGCAGUCUUGUAUCUAUGUGAGCCAAGACACAUUAUUCUGUCUUCCUGGCAACCUACUACUUACUAGGAUUCUUCUUGUGCAGUUUAGCUGACAGUGACCCCCCCCCCCCGGCAUGAUGGUUUACUCUCUCCCCAUCCCCAUUUCUAUUUGUUGUUGCGAUACAGGUUGUAUCACAAAUAGUACAUGAGGAGCUGUUGCUGCUAUUUUUUUAACACUUCAGAAUAAAUCUAAGUCUCUCUUCUGUUUCAAUAAGUUUGAAGGGAAAAAGUGUUGCAGCUUCCUUUCUCUUCCCACUAGCUAACAGGGGAAGAGGUUUUGAAAGAUGGGUUACAUCUAACUUAAGUUGGAAAAACUACGUUUGAAACUUGACUUGCUGCUAUUUUGAAGAGAGCCUUAAAAUAGGCUGGAAAAGUGAUGGGGAAAUAGCAGUCCUACAGGCAUUUACAAAUGUGGUGUUUGUUCCCUCUGUGUACUACUACACAACACAGCACUUCAGGAAACAAGGUCCGAGUAGUAAGAUGUAAUGUUUCCUGAUCAAAAGAACAACCGCUUUACAAGUGGAAAACUGGCACAGCAGGGACAACACUAUAUUGAAAAAUCCAUACUUGAUGACAGAUAAAAGCACAUGUGAGUGGUGUUAUUCUUCCUACCUAAGCUAUAUUAUCCAUUGUGAAUUAGUAGGAACAGGAAGAACUACGUGACUUUGUACAGGGAAGAAAGCUGGUAGAAUAUUAGCUACCAUUAAGACAUCCUUCAAAGUGGGUAUACAAUCUAUUAUAUAGAAAAUACGAUGCAACCGUUUCCUCUAUUGCUGACAAUCCAUGACACCUGCAAGUACUCAUUAAGGUAACAGAUACAUCAGGAACUGACUAUGUAAAGCAUUUUAGGCAAUGGUAUUAGAAAGGUUCCGAUAUAGAGGAAUUGGGGUGUGGAUCAUUAACAAGGAUUUUGAAUCUGACUUAGAGAUUCAAAUGCAUAAUGAGGGAAAACUGCCUUGGAGAUAGGCUGGAAAAUAAUAUUAAACAACUGCUAGAGUUUAAGUCAGGGUUGAUUAAAGCCUGAACUUAGCUUUUCUAGCUGAGACCAUUUUUCUUUGCAGGGCUCAAAUAAAUAGCAUGAAACUGCAGGUACAAAAACCAGUGCCUACAAUUUGCACUUUUAUUAAUUUAAAUUAGAAAUUGGUUUGUUGAAUAUACAAUUAGUUUGGAGUAUCAGCCUGGAAUAGCUGUGGAUGUGAAGAUCUAGCCUGAAAAGGGAGAAAAACAAAGAUUUUUUUCUGAUGCUACAGAAACCCUUUGACACCAGAAAGGCUUUUAUCUCAUUGCAUGUAUUCUUAGUUUUUCUUCCUCUAAGGCACGAGGAGCUGAUAUAACCAGGAACAGAGAUGGAUGGCAUGGAAAUAGAGCUAAAUAAAUUUCUAUUCAGUAAA